AACACUCGUCAAUCUUCCCGAAAGUUGGACUGGAGUCCUGUGAUGCUGAAGAUUCCUGUAGCAUCUCUGACUUAGAGGAAAUGCUGUCAUUCAGGGAUGUGGCCGUUGAUUUCUCUGCAGAAGAGUGGGAAUGCCUGGAGCCUGCUCAGUGGCAUCUGUACAGGGAUGUGAUGCUGGAGAAUUACAGCCACCUUGUGUUCCUGGGGCUUGCUGACUCUAAGCCACAGCUGGUGACAUUUCUGGAGCAAAGACAAGGCUCUACUGGUGAAGAGAGACAAGCAGUAAAAGCAGUGUUCCCAGGAAUAACACCCAAUGAUCCUAACCAUUACAGCAAGCCCACUAAUUGUGAAUCACUCCUUCUUAAACGAAGAAGAAUUAAUACAGGGGAGAAACCCUACAAGUGUGAAGAAUGUGGUAAGGCCCUUAGUUCUCAUAAAACACUUUCUAUACACCAGAGACUUCAUACUGGAGACAAACCCUACAAGUGUGAAGUGUGUCAUAAGGCCUUCUGUGCUCCCUCAUCACUUUUUAUACACCAGAAAAAUCAUACUGAUGAAAAAAACUUCAAGUGUGAAGACUGUGGCAGAACAUUUUACUAUCUUUCAAUGCUGAAGCAACAUCAGAGAAUUCAUUCUGGGGAGAAAUGUUACAAGUGCAAAAAUUGUGGAUACGCUUCUUAUGACCCUUCAUUCCUUGAGCAGCAUCAAAAAAUUAAUUGUAGGGAGAAAUGCUACAAGUGUGAAGACUGUCACAAAGCCUUUCAUCAUCAGCCCUUAGGAUACACAAGAGAGUUCAUACUGGAGAGAAACCUUUCAAAUGUGAAAAGUGUGGCAGAUGUUUUAGGGUAUCUAAAUCCCUUAAGCAACAUAAAAAAAUCCACUUAAAAAAGGAACCCUACACCUGCCAAGACUGUGGCAGAUCUUUUUCAAAUUAUUUGAGACUUAGACGACAUGAAGUGAUUCAUUCUGAAUAUAAUCCUCACAAGUGUGAAAAAUGUGACAAAAGGUUUUCCCAUUCUGCAAAUCUUCGGAACCAUCAAAGAGUUCAUAGUAGAGAGAGACCUUGCAAGUGUUAAGCAUGUCACCAAGCCUUUUAAAUAUCGUUCAACCCUUUCGAAACACAAGAACACUCAUGCAAGAGAGAAAUCCUACCAGUGUGAAGAUGUGGUAUGAUGGUUUGUAUAUGCUUGGCUCAGGGAGUUGCAGUAUUAGGAGGUGUGGCCUUGUUGGAGUAAGUGUGUCAAUGUGGGUGUGGGGGUGGGCGCUAAUACCCUUGUCCUACAAGCCAGUCUUGUAGCAGCCUUCAGAUGAAGAUGUACAACUCUUAGCUCUUCCUGCACCAUGUCUGCCUGGAUGCUGCCAUGCUCCUGCCUUGAUGAUAAUAGACUAAGUCUUUAAUCUGUAAGCAAGCCUCUAUUAAGUGUUGUUCUUACAAGAGUUGCUUUGGUUAUGGUGUCUGUUCACAGCAAUAAACCCCUAAGACAUAUGGGAAGUGUGAUAAAGCCUAGUUAAUCUUGAUAGCCUUACUCAACACAGGAUAGUUCAUAAUGGAGUGAAGUCCUAUGAAUUUUUAAAAUAUUUAAUCUUCUUCCACUCUUAAAACAAAUCUGUGCUGCCCAGUUUUAUGUCAGCUUGACAGGCAAACUAGAGCUAUCUGAAAGGACAGAACUUCAACUGAGUAAAUGUUUGCAUAAGAUCCAGCUUUAACUGUUUUCUUAAUUAGUGAUUGAUGGGAGGGCCCAGCCCAUUGUGAGUGCGGUCAUUCCUGAGCUGGGAGGCCUGGAUUGUAUAAGAAAGCAGAUUGAGCAGUCCAUAGGGAGCAAGCAUCCCUCCAUGCCCUCCUCUAUGUGAGUUCUUUUUUUUUUUUUUUUUGAGGCAGGUUUUUUCUGUGUAGCCCUGGCUGUCCUGGAACUCACUUUGUAGACCAGGCUGGCCUCAAACUCAGAAAUCCGCCUGCCUCUGCCUCCCAAGUGCUGGGAUUAAAAGCGUGUGCCACCACGCCCGGCCCCUAUGUGAGUUCUUGUCCUGGCUUCCUUUAAUAAUGGACUACAAUGUGUUGGUGUAACUCAAACCCUUUCCUGCCCAACUUGCUUCAGUAGUAGUGUUUCUUAGAAGCAAUAGGAACCCCAAUUGACUGACUAAGGCAACACUCAUUCUGACUACAAACUCCAUGAGUGUGUGGAAUAUGGUGAAAUGUUUGCUAACAAUUCAGAUUUUAUCCAAUUCAAAAGGAUCUGCAGUGAAGACUAUUAAGUGAAUUAUUUUGGAAUAUCAACACAAACAUCUUACUUCUAAUAGCACAAAUGCUAAGAAAGUCACCAGAAGCUGGGUGGUGGUGGUGCACACCUUUAAUCCCAGCACUUGGGAGGCAGAGGCAGGUGGAUUUCUGAGUUCGAGGCCAGCCUGGUCUACAAAGUGAGUUCCAGGACGGCCGGGGCUAUACAGAGAAACCCUGUCUCAAAACCCUCCUACCCCCCAAAAAAAGUCACCAGAGGAGUAGAGACUUCUCUUUGAUGUAACCUCCCCACCAAUGUGUUCAACCAAUGUGCUUGAAUCUUGCAUGGAUGGAUGAGUUUCAUCCCUCUGUAACUAUAUAUAUUUCAUGAAACUGUUGCUCUGUUGUAUAACUUGGUCCUUUGGGUGCCUGGAAUCUGAUUUGUGGGCUGUGGUACAGUUUCUGUUGUUUUAACCAGUGGCGGUGUCACCCAUACUCUUUAAAUAACGCAUUCCCUGGGUGUGUAAGAAGCUCCAUAAACUCACAUUCCUCACCAACUUGGACUUUAUGAAGAUGAUUUACAUUGGAUCUAAUCUAAGCUAACUGGCCACUAGUGUUUGUGUCCCCAGGAAAAGCUAACAGAAAUCAUUGUCAGUUGUAUUUGGCUUCAGAAUGAAGAAUCUCUUCAUUUUCUUUAAACCUAUAGAUUGUUUUUCAUAUGACUCCAACUGUCAUGUCAUAGAACUUGGCAGCAUAUUGAAAUAAUAAUUGAAAAGAUGCAUUUGAUUAGUAUGUAUAUGAUGUCAAUCAUGAAACAUUGUAGAUGCAGUUCUUACAUAAAUAACUAUUGAUAGGGAUCCUAAAAGUGAUCUCACAGUUGUGUUUAUUCAUUUAUGGGAACACUUAUAUUAGGGCCAUUAAAACCUAAAAGUUAUCAGUCAUUAACUUAGAAAUGAUCAAAUAUCUCUAAUGUGCCCAAAUUUUGUUUUUAGUCAUGCUAAGUAUAAAAUGAAAUUUAAUAAGUACAAGAUGGGAGGGAGAGACCAAUUUAUAUCUGUCAUUUUAUAGUUUUCUGUUUAUACUAUUAAAUAAAGUACAUCCUAAAACAAGUUUAAAA